AUGUAAUAAAUAGUAGUAGGUUCCGAGUGGAUCCUUGGAGAUCCGUCUCGCUCCAGAGAAUCGGACAAGAUAUCUAAGAUAAGGUGCAUAUAAUAAAGCAUCAGAAAUCAUACAUAGCUACACGAUGGCGAAACGUAUGAAGACUGUGCUGUCACUCAUCUUCAUUAUCUUGCACAAUGCUUCAUGGUUAGGACUCAUCCUCGUCAGGGCAAACCAUAACAAUCCAAGAUUCUUCAAGAUAGGCGGUGUUCUCUCCAAUGUUGACAGUAAAGAGCACUUUGAAAAAACAAUUUCAGCAUCUCAAUUUCGAUUUCCAAUACGUCAAUAAAGGGGUGACAUACAAGCACACAGUAAUCGAAAUGGACUCCAACCCUAUCAGAACCGCAUUGAGCGUCUGCCGAUCUUUGAUAGCCGAACAGGUGUAUGCAGUAGUGGUGUCGCAUCCGCUUACAGGCGAUUUAUCACCAGCAGCGGUUUCUUAUACAAGCGGUUUUUAUCACAUACCCGUGAUUGGCAUAUCAUCCAGGGAUUCCGCCUUUUCGGAUAAAAAUAUUCAUGUCUCAUUUUUGCGUACUGUACCACCGUAUUCUCAUCAAGCGGAUGUCUGGGUAGAACUGCUGAAGCACUUUAAUUACAUGAAGAUUAUCUUCAUCCAUAGUUCCGAUACGGAUGGUCGUGCGCUCCUUGGACGUUUCCAGACGACAUCACAGAAUUUAGAAGACGACGUAGAAAUCAAAGUGCAGGUCGAAUCAGUUAUCGAAUUCGAACCGGGAUUACACAAUUUCGAGGAGCAAUUGAGGGAAAUGAAAAGCGCACAAGCGAGAGUCUGCCUCAUGUAUGCUUCGAAGAAGGAUGCUGAAGUGAUUUUCAACGACGCAGCUAAUCUAAACAUGACCGGCGCCGGAUAUGUGUGGAUCGUCACCGAACAGGCAUUAGACGCGCCAAAUGCGCCAGAUGGCUUGCUGGGGUUGAAGCUGAUCAAUGCUACCCAAGAAAAAUCACAUAUAUCUGACAGCUUAUAUGUCCUCGUAUCCGCAUUGCGAAUGAUGAAUCAGACGGAGAAGAUCACCGAAGCACCGAAGGACUGCAGCGAUUCCGGCUCUAUAUGGGAAACUGGCAAGAAGCUUUUCCAGUAUAUUCGCAAGCAAGUAUUACCGUAUGGUUCGACAGGUCGAGUGGCAUUCGACGAUAACGGGGAUCGCAUAUUCGCCGAGUAUGAUAUAAUCAACAUCCAAUACACAGGUCCAGACAACAACAAGACGCAGAUGUCCGUCGGCCAGUACUUUUAUCCCGCUAAUGCUACCAAGAUGAAGCUGCGAGUGAACGAAUCCAACAUUAUAUGGCCUGGUCGUCUGAAGAUCAAACCCGAAGGUUUCAUGAUACCUACACAUUUGAAGGUGCUAACAAUCGAGGAGAAGCCAUUCGUUUAUGUUCGCGAAUUACCUGACAAUGAGGCCGAGUGUUUACCUGAGGAAAUCGCAUGUCCACACUUCAACCUAACAGACGAUAAUCAAAUGUUUUGCUGCAAAGGAUAUUGCGUGGAUCUAUUAAAGGAAUUGUCGAAAUCGAUUAACUUCACGUACAGUUUAGCUCUAUCGCCGGAUGGUCAGUUUGGCAGCUACGUGAUCAAAAAUACUUCGGUCGGAGGAAAAAAAGAAUGGACAGGUCUUAUUGGUGAGAUAGUCAACGAACGAGCAGACAUGAUCGUCGCACCAUUAACAAUCAAUCCAGAGCGUGCUGAGUUUAUCGAAUUCAGUAAGCCCUUCAAGUAUCAAGGCAUCACUAUCCUUGAGAAAAAGCCUUCAAGAUCAUCCACUCUAGUCUCUUUCUUACAACCGUUCAGCAAUACCCUUUGGAUCCUCGUAAUGGUAUCGGUGCACGUAGUGGCGUUAGUUUUGUAUCUGCUCGAUCGAUUUUCACCCUUCGGCAGAUUCAAACUAGCUAAUACUGACGGCACCGAGGAAGAUGCCCUCAAUCUAUCCAGUGCUAUCUGGUUCGCUUGGGGUGUAUUAUUGAAUAGCGGUAUAGGAGAGGGUACUCCACGAAGUUUUUCCGCGCGUGUAUUGGGAAUGGUGUGGGCCGGAUUCGCUAUGAUCAUCGUCGCAUCGUACACCGCUAAUUUGGCGGCGUUCCUCGUUUUGGAGCGACCAAAAACUAAACUCACCGGCAUCAACGAUGCUCGACUUAGGAAUACGAUGGAAAAUUUGACAUGUGCAACAGUGAAGGGAUCCGCUGUGGAUAUGUAUUUCAGACGCCAAGUAGAAUUGUCUAAUAUGUAUCGUACAAUGGAGGCGAAUAACUAUGACACUGCCGAAGACGCGAUUCGCGACAUUAAAAUUGGAAAAUUAAUGGCCUUCAUCUGGGAUAGCUCGCGACUGGAAUUCGAAGCAGCUCAAGAUUGCGAAUUAGUGACGGCUGGUGAACUAUUUGGCCGUUCAGGUUACGGAAUUGGUUUGCAAAAAGGAUCGCCUUGGGCGGAUGCUGUGACAUUGGCGAUCUUAGACUUCCACGAAAGUGGUUUCAUGGAGAGUCUCGACAAUCUUUGGAUCUUGCAUGGCAAUGUGCAACAAUGCGAACAAUUUGAAAAAAUGCCAAACACUCUCGGCCUAGAAAACAUGGCAGGAGUGUUCAUCGUCGUCGGUGUCGGUAUCGGCGGCGGAGUCGCUCUAAUUAUAAUCGAAAUGGCAUACAAGAAGCACCAAAUACGUAAACAGAGAAAAAUGGAAUUAGCAAGACACGCCGCCGACAAGUGGCGAGGGAUGAUCGAGAAACGGAAAACUUUGCGGGCGUCGAUAGUCACACAGCGAAGGAUCCAGAGCAACGGUCUGAACGAUCCCGCGACGGUGAGUUUAGCGGUCGACACAGUCGCCAGGGCGAACGUGGGCUCGCGCAGUCCAGGUCGUGCCUGGCCCGGUGACAGUGAUUUGAGACAACGGCCAAUCUCCCGCUCCGACGACAUCCGGUUGUCGCCCGCCGCCUACACUGCCGACGUGUCGCAUCUCAUAGUUUAAUCUUACGUUGAUUUGUAGUUUUUUACUGAAUAAGAAGUCGCCAACCAUUCCUAGUAGAUUACAGUAUGAGAUGAAACUCAUCCGAAUACCUUCCUUAGUGAAAUAUGAUCGCGGGAUGAUUCGUGAAUAACU